ACCGAACAAUCAUCACCUAAAUGCUAGUGUGGUGCGCGCUGCUGGCUUUCUCCUUCUAUCGAUUCGUCUCUAACAAGCCAGUCUAUUUGCAAAUUUUAUUUUGACUAAUUCAAUCCAAGCAAGUUUUUUCGUACUGAGAAUCGUGUCUUUCUUCAAAGAAAUCUUGAGGGAUUCUAAUGGCAGAAGUGAGUCUUGGCAUGCUUAUAGACAUUGUGGACGAGGAGUGGAUGAGGGACACUCUCCCUGAUGAUGAUCUCCCAUUGCCUCCAGUGCUUGCUGUUAGGACUGAUGAUACUGAAGAAACCAAUCAGGAAACUCAGCAAGUGGAUGGAGAAGCUUGGCAUGAUCUUGCACUGGAUACUCAGUAAAAAAACACCACAAAGUUUCAGUGGAUGUAAAAUCCUACUUGCAUCUCCUUUUAUGUUGUAUGAUCACAACUUGUAAGCUUUGUAUGAAGACAAUCAUUUGCUUCACUUCUUCUAUUAAUAAAACUCUCUUGGAUUCCUUUUCUGGAUGGAAUAAAUUUGCUUCUUGCUGUUGAUA